GAAGGCGGGCGGCGGGCCGGCGGGCGAGGGCGCCGGGCCGGGCGGCAGGCGGGCGGGCGAGCGAGGAGACAGAGCGGCCCCCCGAACCCCACCACCGCGCUGCGGAAGCCCCCUCCCCAUCCAGGAGCCGGGGAGGGGGGAGAACUCAAGAGACCCAGGCCUGGCCGCAGCCCCGCCCCCCGCGCCUCCCCGCAGCGGGCCUCGCACCCCAAAUCCCUGUGCCUCAUUGGGGGGGGGUCCUCCCCCCGCGGGCCGGGCAUGCUGCCCCCAGGAAGGAGCCCCUUUCCUCGCUCCCCCCGGCGCCCACGCGGAGCAUGAACAUUGAGGAUGGCGUGCGCCCGCAGCUCCCCGUGCCCCCCACUGCCGCCCGGUAGGAUGUCCUGGCCCCAUGGGGCCCUGCUCUUCCUCUGGCUCUUCUCCCCACCCCUGGGAGCCGGCGGGGGCGGCGUGGCCAUGACGUUGGCAGCCGGAGGGGGCUCCCCGCCGGCCACCUCCUGUCCCGCGGCCUGCUCCUGUAGCAACCAGGCCAGCCGAGUGAUCUGCACGCGGAGAGAGCUGGCUGAGGUCCCAGCCAGCAUCCCUGUCAACACGCGGUACCUGAACCUGCAGGAGAAUGGCAUCCAGGUGAUCCGGACAGACACAUUCAAGCACCUGCGACACCUGGAGAUCCUGCAGCUGAGCAAGAACCUGGUGCGCAAGAUCGAGGUGGGCGCCUUCAAUGGGCUGCCCAGCCUCAACACGCUAGAGCUGUUCGACAACCGGCUCACGACAGUGCCCACGCAGGCCUUUGAGUACCUGUCCAAGCUGCGGGAGCUCUGGCUACGCAACAACCCCAUCGAGAGCAUCCCCUCAUACGCCUUCAACCGCGUGCCCUCGCUGCGGCGCCUCGACCUGGGCGAGCUCAAACGGCUGGAGUACAUCUCGGAGGCGGCCUUCGAGGGCCUGGUCAACCUGCGCUACCUCAACCUGGGCAUGUGCAACCUCAAGGACAUCCCUAACCUGACAGCCCUGGUGCGCCUGGAGGAGCUGGAGCUGUCAGGCAACCGGCUGGACCUGAUCCGCCCAGGCUCCUUCCAGGGCCUCACCAGCCUGCGCAAGCUGUGGCUCAUGCACGCCCAGGUGGCCACCAUUGAGCGCAAUGCCUUCGACGACCUCAAGUCGCUGGAGGAGCUCAACCUGUCCCACAACAACCUGAUGUCGCUGCCCCACGACCUCUUCACCCCCCUGCACCGCCUGGAGCGCGUCCACCUCAACCACAACCCCUGGCACUGCAACUGCGACGUGCUCUGGCUGAGCUGGUGGCUCAAGGAGACAGUGCCCAGCAAUACAACGUGCUGCGCCCGCUGCCACGCGCCAGCCGGCCUCAAGGGCCGCUACAUUGGGGAGCUGGACCAGUCGCACUUCACCUGCUAUGCGCCAGUCAUCGUGGAGCCGCCCACGGACCUGAAUGUCACAGAGGGCAUGGCCGCGGAGCUCAAGUGUCGCACGGGCACCUCCAUGACCUCCGUCAACUGGCUGACGCCCAAUGGCACCCUCAUGACCCACGGCUCCUACCGUGUGCGCAUCUCAGUCCUACACGAUGGCACACUCAACUUCACCAAUGUCACGGUGCAGGACACGGGCCAGUACACGUGCAUGGUGACGAACUCCGCGGGCAACACCACCGCCUCGGCCACGCUCAACGUGUCAGCCGUGGACCCCGUGGCGGCUGGCGGCGGUGGCCCUGGAGGCGGCAGCGGUGGCCCUGGGGGCAGCGGGGGCAGCCCGGGAAGCGGUGGGGGCGGCGGCUACACCUACUUUACCACCGUCACCGUGGAGACCCUGGAGACGCAGCCCGGAGAGGAGACCCUGCAGCCGCGGGGGACGGAGAAGGAGCCACCCGGGCCCACCACGGACGGCGUCUGGGGCGGGGGCCGGCCAGGGGACGCCGCAGGCCCUGCCUCGUCGUCCACCACGGCGCCCGCCCCACGCUCCUCGCGGCCCACGGAGAAGGCGUUCACGGUGCCCAUCACGGACGUGACGGAGAACGCCCUCAAGGACCUGGACGACGUCAUGAAGACCACCAAGAUCAUCAUCGGCUGUUUCGUGGCCAUCACGUUCAUGGCUGCCGUGAUGCUCGUGGCCUUCUACAAGCUGCGCAAGCAGCACCAGCUCCACAAGCACCACGGGCCCACGCGCACCGUGGAGAUCAUCAACGUGGAGGACGAGCUGCCUGCCGCCUCGGCUGUGUCUGUGGCCGCCGCUGCUGCAGUGGCCGGUGGGGGGGGCGUGGGCGGGGACAGUCACCUGGCCCUGCCCGCCCUGGAGCGCGACCACCUCAACCACCACCACUACGUGGCAGCCGCCUUCAAGGCGCACUACAGCGGCAACCCCAGCGGCGGGGGCUGCGGGGGCAAGGGCCCCCCGGGGCUCAACUCCAUCCACGAACCUCUGCUCUUCAAGAGUGGCUCCAAGGAGAAUGUGCAAGAGACGCAGAUCUGAAGCCGCUGGGCGGGGUGGGGGGCACGGGGCGCGCCCCCGGGGACCCGGGCCCCCCUGGGACCCUCCCCACAGCCCUGGCCCCGCCCUCGGACCGCGCGGGGCAGGUGGGGGCCGGAGGGGCCGCAGCCCCGCCCG